AUGUCCCCAACGUCCCCUACCCCGCGUCCCCAACCCCGCAGGGGCCUGCGGGUCCGCCUGGGCGAGAACGACCUGGGGAAGGCGGAGGGGACGGAGCAGGAGCGGGGGGUCCUGCGCGCCUUCCGCCACCCGGCCUUCGACCCCACCACGCUGGACAACGACAUCCUGCUACUACAACUCGACCGCCCCGUGCGCCUCAGCCGCGCCGUGCAGCCCCUGGCCCUGCCCCGCUCCUGCGCGCCCGCCGGCACCACCUGCCUGGUCUCGGGCUGGGGCACGGUCACCACCCCGCAAGUGACCAUGCCUCGGCAGCUGAUCUGCGCCUACGUGGACAUCAUCCCCGACGACGUCUGCCGCAGGGCCUACCCGGGGCGCGUCACCCCCAACAUGCUCUGCGCCGGGGUGCGCAACCAGCGCAUCGACUCCUGCCAG